UAUGAUUGGCAGCUGCUUCCCUUGUCCUGAGGGUUGUGAUUUGUGUAAAAAGAGGUCUAAUUCUGAUAUUUGCUUAAAAUGUAGUAAAGGUUAUGGGGAAAAACUGAGUUCAACAUUAGCUGGCACACCUUCAACAGUCUCUAUAACUCAAGCUCCAAUGUACAAUCUGUGUGCACUUUGUGUUUCAAUUCAAAAUUGCCAAGCAAAGAUUGUGUUAAGAAGAUGUGACAAAAAGGAAUUUGAAGCUAAACAAAUAGUUUCUGACAAUGAAAUGAUUGAUUCUCUUAUCACAAGUGAUGAAAUAGCUGAUGAAAGCCAUCCUCAAGAAGAUUUGGAAGACCACAAGAUUGGCACAUAUUUUUAUACUGAUAUACCUAUUGAGAAAGAUAUUACAGUUGUUUCACAAAGAGAAGGAAGUAUCAUUGAAGAAAUUGCUGCAAAUGUACAAUCAAAUGAGGACACAAACAUGAAUAUUGAUGAAAGUUCAUUUGAAGAUGUAGAAGAGAGUAUUUUGCUGACUGAUGGAUCUUUUGAAAUAUUUGAAAAUGGAAGUCAAAAAGGAAAACAUCUGCUUCUUCAUAAUGGAUUUUCAUAUACAGUUAAACAAACAAGAAAAUGUAAUUGA